CUCUCCGGCGGCGGUUGGUCCCGCGGGAGGCGCGAGGGAAGAUGGCGGCGGGGAGCCGCGUGUCCAGCGGCCGCGACCUCAACUCGGUCCCGGACAUCGGGGAGAGUCUGGGGGCGGUGGGCCGGCAGGGGUUUGAUUUCCUCUGCAUGCCCAUUUUUAAUCCACGUUUCAAGAGGGAAUUCAGCCAGAGUCCGGCCAAGGACCGUCCCGGAGCACUGACCCGGUCAGACCUGCUGCUGUCAGGGAGAGACUGGAAUACGCUGAUUGUGGGAAAACUGUCACCAUGGAUUCAAGCAGAUUCUCAGGAUGAACAAAUCCGGAAAAACUCCGAGGAGGCCCUUGUGCAGGAGUUAAAUUUUGCUGCGUAUUUGGGAGUCCCCGCCUUCCUGAUUCCUUUACAGCAGAGCAACAACAGCAACCUGGCCCGAAUGCUGCUCAACCACCUCCUCACCGGCCAUCACUCCACCGUGUUCUGGAUCCGGGUUCCCCUGAUGGCCCUGGAAGACAUGCGGGAGGACAUCGUGGAGAAUGACCCCGUUCUGCGCUCAGAGGAUUGUAUCGAAGACGAGAAGACGUGGCUGUGGUGGCAUCACUUCCGAUCUCUCUGUGAUUACAACAAGCGGAUCGCUCUGGCCCUGGACGUGGGCGCUGACCUGCCGUCUGACAGUGUCAUUGACCGCUGGCUCGGGGAACCCAUUAAAGCCGCUGUACUGCCCACCAGCAUCUUCCUGACUAACAAGAAGGGAUUCCCCGUGCUCUCGAAGAUGCAUCAGAACCUCAUCUACCGUCUCUUCAAGCUGGAAGUGCAGUUUGUCAUCACCGGCUCCAAUCGCCAUUCCCAGAAGGAAUUCCGGUCCUACCUGCAGUACCUGGAGUACCUGAACCAGCACCGCCCACCACCCAACGCCUACGAAACCUUCGCCAAAGGCUAUGAAGACUACCUGCAGUGUCCACUCCAGCCCCUGAUGGAUAAUCUGGAGUCUCAGACCUAUGAGAUAUUUGAGAAGGACCCCAUCAAGUACGCUCAGUACCAGCAGGCCGUGUACAAGUGUCUCCUGGACCGAGUACCGGAGGGAGAGAAGGAGACCAACGUACAGGUCCUGAUGGUGCUGGGAGCUGGCCGAGGUCCCCUGGUGAAUGCUUCCCUCCGUGCUGCCCGACAAGCUGAUCGGAAAAUCACUGUCUACGCCAUCGAGAAAAACCUCAACGCUGUGGUGACGCUGCAGAACUGGCGGUAUGAGGAGUGGGGUGACCAGGUGACGGUGGUGCCGUGCGACAUGAGGGAGUGGGAGGCCCCCGUCAGGGCGGACAUCAUUGUCAGCGAGCUCCUGGGCUCCUUUGGGGACAACGAGCUGUCCCCGGAGUGUCUGGACGGAGCACAGAGAUUCCUCAAAG